AUGAUAAUUUAUUAUGCUUACGAUUUCUAUUAUCAAUUCUUAUUUUAUAAUAAAACUAUAUUUCAUUAUUAUAAGGAUCAUCUCCAUAAUAAGGCGAAUUCAUCUUUAUUUCUACCUGAGGAGUUCUCCCAUAAUCAGCUGUAUACAAUGCAAUUGCCCCUAAAGAAGAAAUCAGCAAUAAAGUCCCAGUGGUUUUUCCAAGCGUCCCCAUUUCUUGCCCAAAACAAAAACUUGACAGAAUUGCUAAAAAAAUUGCUUUCCCGAGUUGGUGGCCCAUAA